GCCCGGGACCUGAGCCAUAGCCCCAGGCACCUCCCCGCCACGCCUGCAGCCCCGUCCUGCUUCUGAUGGUGACCGCUGUGGGGUGGCCGCCACGGGAAGCAGAGAUGGGACCAGCUCCGGAGUCUCCAGAAACCCCCAGAGAAGAGGCAGAGCCCAGGGAGGGGACCAGGCUCCAGGCAGGCAUUUUACAAGGUGGUAUGUGGCCGGGAUGGCAGCUCACGCCCAGUGACUCACCGGCCCUCCCGCUCUGACUCUGCGGAGAGGAUUGCAGAUUUUUUCCAGCCUGCGAGAGGCUCUGAGUGAUCUGGUCUGUCAGCUGCAGCCCCUGCUGCCCUGUUCCCUUGGGCGCAGAGCUGGUCCUCCACCGACUGCUUCAGUCAGUGAGUGGUCUUGUAGAUUACGCCUCUCUUCCCCAGCUAAGAGGAGGUUCUUAGAAGGCCACUCUGUGGCCUGGAGUAGUCAGAACCGCCAACAGGAAAGACUGAGAUUAGAGCAAGCUAAGGCGUUUGAUGGGCUUCCCAUGUGGUACAGUGUUGAAGAAUCUGCCGGCCAAUACAAGAGAUGCAGGUUCAAUCCCUGGGUCAGGAAGAUCCCUUGGAGGAGGAAAUGGCAACCCACUCCAGUAUUCUUGCCUGGAAAACCUCAUAGACAGAGGAGACAUGACGGGCUGCAGUCCCUGGGGUCGCAAGAGUCAGACACGACCACACACACACACACACACAGCAUGAAGGGUUUGAGAGCUGACAGACAGACAGAUGUGGAGUCAUCAGUAAAUGUAUUUAGAGAAUGCUGGGCAGUGGCUAGGACCCCAUGCCCUGAGCUCACGGGGUCAACCCAAAGUUUACCAACACCCUCCAGUCCCUGCUUGCAGAUGCCCCUUGACCAGAGCCAGGCCAAAAGUGCUCUCCCUUUGUUAUGGAGUGUCAGGCCCAGAAAACCAUCUUUCAGGACCCAGCUUUCUGCCAGAGCUGGGGGGCCAUCUGGAAAGCAGCAGAGUGGGCUUGAUCUGACAACCUUCUGGGUUUUGUUUGUGUGUUUGUUUGUUUUGCUUUUGUUUUGGAGGGAGAGUCAUGAGCAGUGGGAACUGAUACCCUGCAGGCGUUUAAAGGAGAUGUGUCCCGGCGUGAGCGAGGCCCCCGAGCUGUACAGCCGCGGCUUCCUGACCAUCGAGCAGAUCACCAUGCUGCCGCCGCCGGCCGUCAUGAACUACAUCUUCCUGCUCCUCUGUCUGUGCGGCCUGGUGGGCAACGGGCUGGUCCUCUGGUUUUUCGGCUUCUCCAUCAAGAGGAGCCCCUUCUCCAUCUACUUUCUGCACCUGGCCAGCGCGGACGUCGGCUACCUCUUUAGUAAGGCCGUGUUCUCCAUUCUGAACACGGGGGGCUUCCUGGGCCCCUUUGCCGACUACGUCCGCGCCGUGUCCCGGAUCGUGGGGCUCUGCAUGGUCCUUACCGGCGUGAGCCUCCUGCCAGCCAUCAGCUCGGAGCGCUGCCUGUCGGUCAUCUUUCCCGCCUGGUACUGGCGCCGUCGGCCCAAGCGCCUGUCGGCUGUGGCGUGCUCCCUGCUCUGGGCCCUGUCGCUGCUGGUCACCUGCGUCCACAACUACUUCUGCGUGUUCCUGGGCCGCCAGGCGUCCGGGGCGGGCUGCAGGCACAUGGACGCCUUCCUGGGCAUCCUGCUCUUCCUGGUCUUCUGCCCGCUCAUGGUGCUGCCCUGCCUAGCGCUCAUCCUGCACGUGGAGUGCCGGGCCCGGCGGCGCCAGCGCUCGGCCAAGCUCAACCACGUCAUCCUGGCCGUGGUCUCAGUGUUCCUCGUGUCCUCCAUCUACCUGGGCAUCGACUGGUUCCUCUUCUGGGUCUUCCGGAUCCCGGCGCCCUUCCCCGAGUACGUCACCGACCUGUGCCUCUGCAUCAACAGCUGCGCCAAGCCCGUGGUCUACUUCCUGGCCGGCAGGGACAAGUCGCAGCGCCUGUGGGAGCCUCUCAGGGUGGUCUUCCAGCGGGCCCUGCGGGACGGGGCCGAGCCGGGGGAGGCGGGAGGCGGCACGCCCAACACGGUCACCCUGGAGAUGCAGUGUCCCUCGGGGAAUGCCUCCUGAGAGGCUGGGCGCCUGCCGGCGAGGCCGGGCCCACGUGGCCUCCAGAGACCCUUGACAGAGGGACGGGAGCUGGCAGCAGCCCUGGGGCCCAAGCGCAGGGAGAGAAAGCUGCUUCUGCCUGCGAGCCGCCUUCUCCCAGGGCACAGGCUCCCCUGGGGAGGGGGGGAGCGAGACGGACAGCCCCCUGUGACCCUGCCAGGCUCCCCCGGCCACCCCCUCCUUCCCUGAGCCGUGGUACAGAAGUCGCCCCCAGGUCGCGAGCCGGGUGUGGGGCUCCUUCUGGCCCCAGGGUGGUCAGGAAGGGAGAGGAGGGCGUCACCCAGCCCUGUCCACCUUCUGCCCCGUGGUGAGGCAGCCCUCCCCGAGAAGGACUCAGCCCGCACCAUCGCCUGUCGGGCCAGCAGCUUCCUCCUGCCGUGAAGACACCUCCUGGCUCCGUUCGUCCUCUUAAGGUGACCCUGCAAGCAGACGGCCACGAAAGGGCCCUGCGGGGGAGAGCUGCCCCUUAAGCACCUCGGGGUCCCAUCUUUCUGCAGAUGACGUUCCCGCCUCUGGGGAGCCCUUGGACGGCCCAAAUGGCAGGGCUUCUGUCCUGCCGAGUAGCUGGACGCAGAAAGGAGCCACGGCCGGCUUGAGUGACUCGCUGUCUUUUCUGACUCCGCGCCGGCUGGUGCAUCCGAGCCGCCGUCUGCCUGGCCCACGGGGCUCUAGGGGGCCGUCCAGGCCAUCACGGGGCUCCGGGGGGCCGUCUGAGAGCGGGCACUGGCUCUCCCUGGCCACCCCAGCCCACCUGCAGGCACGGGGGCCCAGCUUGGUCAUCGGAGGUUUUAUGAAAGACAGUAAAUGUGUAUCAAUAAACGUUUUCUAUCUUGCACUGAGGAA